AUGAAGAAGUGGAAGGAGGAGAAAAGAGACAUCUCCCAUCAAAGAAGUGCAGGAGGAGAGUGUGCUGUUGCAAUACUCAAGGAGGCAAUUGUGCAGUUGCCCAGGGUAAUACAUGGCCUUGACCACCUGAGAUUGGUAGAGAUUCAGGAGCAAAACAAUAGAGAGGAAGAGAGGGACUGCGAGGAGCUUAGAGCAUGGAGAGAGCAACAUUUACACUUGGAAACCAUCAUCAAGGAGCAGACCAGAGACACAGUGGCCAAAGUUGCUCAGCUCUGGAAGAGUUCCCCCUCCACGUCAGAGGAGCUCCAUACGGUAGUCCAGGCUCCUGUUGCUGAUGCUCUGAAGAGUCUAGAGGAGGAAAAUAGCACCCUAGCUCCUGUGAUUUCAUCUGAGGGUGCUGUGACGAUGGCUCUGCCAUCCAAGCUCCCUCCUCUGCCAUCAACACUCCCUCCUCUGCAAACCAAGCUGCCUCCUCUGCCAUCAAAACUCCCUCCUCUGUCAGCCAAGCUUCCCCCUCUUAACCUGCCCCUUCGGAGAGCAUUCUGCAAUCCAGUUGCCCCUCUGCCUCCCAUCCACAGGAAGACAGCACAAGAGGACCUAGAGAGCAUUUCAGAACAUUCCAAACAGAGUGCUGUGGCAGAGCACCUAAUGGUGACACCGGAUGCGGACGGUCCAGAGGCUACCAGCACAUGCUCCUCCGAGUCCCUAGAAGCAGAUGACAACGUAGAGCAGGAGAGGGAAAAAAAGAGAAGUUUUAAAAAGAGGUUUUUCCAGUUCCUCAAAAAACUCAACUGCUGCAGUGCCAAAGAGGACUAG